ACACUACAUUUUUAGCAAAGAAAUUCCAUCACUUGCACUUCCUUGUGCAAACUGAGCACCAAACUUUGUCGAUUUUCGGUCUUCAGUGGUCCGAGAAAUAGGAAUCUCUCGGUUCCUAGACUUCAAUGAUGAGGAUGUGAAUCAAUCACCCACCUUGUUUUUUUUCUCAAUGGGAUCUUUACUACUUCAACCACACCUAUAGAAUUAUUUUGUUAUCAAUCUCAGCUGACCAUUUCUCACUUCACUUUAGUCACAUCCAGAUGCUAAAUUUAAAAAGCCUUUUUGCUUCAUAAUUGUAAAUUCUAAGAUACUGAUGAAGAACUGGCUGCUGCUUCUGUAUGUAGUUCAUGGACUCCUGGCUCUCUUUUAUGGCUGUGGUAAGCACCUUCAUUUAUCUAACCUUCAUCAAUGAAGGUUUAAGAAGAACAACACACACCAUCUCCUCAGUUGUUACAGCAUUGAUAGCCAUAAAUGGUCCAACCAAAUAUGUCCUAUUAAAUACCAUCUACCCUAUCAAGAUCAGAUUUCCAAUAUAUUCCUUCCUUCUCCAAGCAAAAUUAUUCCCUCUGAACUGUGCAGGUCAAGAAAUAUUCCUCUUGUACUGGCAAUUGGAGCUUUGGGUCUACUGUUUGCAUGGUUAAUAAUGAAACUUUUCAGUGCAUUCAAGUCUAAUUCACUGAGAUCCAAUUGGAAUUUUCAGCAUAGAUUGCUCAGGCUCAGGUCAUGGUUGCCUGAUCUUAAAAAGGCGCUCAAUAAGCGUUUCAAAUGGCGAUUUGUGUUGGCCGGCUUCAUUGCAAUGUCGAUAGCUGCAGUGAGCUGGGAUAUGGAAAGCCUCGAGACAUCCUGGAUUUGGCACAGUGCUUGGCAUGUGAGCAUAUAUACAUCUGCCUUCUUCUUCCUUUGCUCAAGAUCAACUGUUCUGGACGGUGGUGGCAGUGAAGCAGUGGAAGAUGAUGCAAGAUCUCUAACAGUUCAGUAGGCUAGCCGUCGAAGAUCUUUUUUGUGCACGCUACUAGUACUUGUAAAAAAAAAAAGUAAUGAAUCUAAAGUGUGACCGAAUUUUCACUUACUAGCUGGGUAGAGUGGAUAUAAAAUUAUACUACCACAAUUAUUAGUGCUCCAAAUUCUUGAAUUUGAUCAAUCUUUGUACUAUCUUGAAUGUUAAAAAAAAUGUAGGAAUGGAAGUAUUUUCUUUUUUUU